CCUUCACCAUCUCGGCUCCGCCCAGUGCCGCGGCCGCCUGGUCUAGCAAGCUUUCGCCUGUCGUCCGGGCGGUCGUUUUGUCCCGCGUCCUGCCUACAUGUCCGAGAGUCCCCAUGGAUGACCUGACCCAAGCCCUGUCAGCCAGCUUUGCUGUAUCCCAGGAACCCAACAGUACUGCGGCUCCACAUCCUCGAUUAGCACAGUACAAGAGCAAAUGCAGUGCACUGGAGCAGAGUGAGCGACGGCGGCGCUUCCUGGCCCUGCAGAAGAGCAAAAGGUUAAACUAUGUCAACCAUGCUCGGUGCCUGGCUGAUGGGGAUUGGACUGGGGCAGAUAGUGAUGGGGAGCAGGACAUGGAAGAGCAAGGGAAAGAACAUGGGGCCACAGAGGGGAUGGAGAUGGAAGUGGAGAGGAGGAAGCUGCCCAAACUUUAUGCUGACCAGCUGAUGCUUUCCGAAUGGCUGGUGGACGUCCCCCCAGAGCUGGACACUGAUUGGUUGAUGGUGGUUUGUCCAAUCGGAAAAAGGUCCCUCAUUGUUGCCUCCAAGGGUUCAACUGCAGCAUAUACAAAAAGUGGCUACUGUGUGAACCGCUUCCCCUCACUGCUACCUGGCGGGAACAGACACAACUCAACAAAGGGAAAAGACUACACCAUCCUGGACUGCAUUUACAGUGAAGUGGACAGAACCUACUACAUCCUCGAUGUCAUGUGCUGGAGCGGCCACCCAGUCUAUGACUGCUCGACUGAGUUCCGUUUCUUUUGGCUGCAAUCUAAAGUGCAAGAGGCAGAGGACUUGUCGAAGAUCUCAAAACGAAACCCUUUCCGCUUUGUGAGCCUUCAGAGUAAGGACUGCUCCAGUGAAUCCAUUCAGAAAGCACUGUCCGUGGACUACACCUUCAACGUGGACGGACUUCUUUUCUACCACCGGGAGACCCACUAUACCCCAGGCAGCACCCCACUUGUGGGCUGGCUCCGCCCAUACAUGGUCACUGACAUCCUGGGUGUUGAAGUCCCAGUUGGACCACUGACUGCCAAGCCUGAGUAUGCCCAGCAACAGAUCCAGCAGAUCUUGGAGCACAAGAAACCUUCCAGUGGAGUCAGGCCAGCCUACAGAAGCGGAAGUUAUGAGUUAGAGUCUCUGUCCACGCCGUGUGCCAACGAUGGCAACGACUCGCUGAACUGCUUAAACCAAAAGUCAAUCAAGGAAUCAAGCAUGGAAAGUUGACGCAGUCACUUUUUCCAUACUCUACCAAGGGGACAGUGUUGGUUGUGAGCAUCCCGGUCUUUCAUCAUGACACCACCACCUGCAGUCUCCACCCCUCAUACCAAGAUGUACUCAUAAGAUCAGGUCAUCAGUGUCAUCUUCUAUUGUUUUUAAGUUUCUUAAUAAAUGGUUUUUCUAUGCUUUCA